AUGGUUGAAAAGGAGGAAAGUGAUACAAAAGCUUUUAAAGUUUUUUUUGGAAAGGAGUGUCCAGGCAGGCAAUGUAUCAAUGAAGAUGUUGAAAAGGACGAUAUAAAUGAUGAAAUUCAAGAGGACGACAUAAAUGAUAAAAUUCAAGAGGACGACCUAAAUGAUAAAAUUCAAGAGAACGACGUAGAUGACGAAUUUCAAGAGGACGACAUAGAUCUAGAUGAUGAAUUUCAAGAGGAGGAUAUAGAUGGUGAAUUUCAAGAGGACGACGUAGAUGGAGAAUUUAUGGAGGAUGACAUAUCUAACGAAUUUCAAGAGGACGAUCUGGAUGCUUUACUCCUAGAAGACAAACUUGAAUGA